CCGCCAUGUCGGCCGAGUGGCUGCGGCGCUGGCGGCGGGGCGGCCCCGCGGAGCGCCCCGAAGGAGCCCCGGCAGCGGGGCCGGGCCCGCCGCCCCCCGCCCUCCGCUACCGCCGGCCCAAGUUCGUGCCCGGCGGGGCCGAGGAGAGCCCGCGGGGCGGGCGGGCCGUGCGGGGAGCCGGCACCGAGCGGCCCCUGCCCUGGGGCGCGGGAUACGCCGAGGUUAUCAAUGCCGAGAAGUCGGAGUUCAAUGAGGACCAGGCAGCCUGCUGUCAGAUCUCUGUCCGGAGGAGAGAGCCAGGCCUGGAGGAGGAUGAGGAAUGGCUGAUCCUGUGCUCCACACAGCAGUUUCUAAAUGGUUACUACUGGGCACUGUUUGAUGGCCACGGUGGCCCUGACGCUGCCAUCAUUGCCUCCAACUACCUGCACUACUGCAUCAAGCAGAAGCUGGAGGAGGUGGUGGGGGGCAUCACAGAGGCCCAGCCCCCCAUGCACCUCAGCGGGCGCUGCGUUUGCGACAGCGACCCCCAGUUCGUGGAGGAGAAGCACAUCCACGCAGCAGACCUGGUGGUGGGAGCGCUGGAGAAUGCCUUCCAGGAAUGUGAUGAAGUCAUUGGCCAGGAGAUGGAAGCUACGAACCAGACAGGAGGCUGCACUGCUCUGGCUGCCCUUUAUUUCCAGGGAAAGCUGUAUGUGGCUAAUGCUGGGGACAGCAGGGCCAUUCUUGUCCUGAAGGACAGCGUUGUGCCCAUGAGCAGCGAGUUCACACCCGAGACAGAGAGGCAGCGAAUCCAGCACUUGGCUUUUCUUUUCCCCAAGCUCCUGGAUGGUGAGUUCACACGCUUCGAGUUUCCACGGAGGCUGAAGGGAGAUGACGUGGGCCAGAAAGUCCUGUACCGGGAUUACUUCAUGGAGGGCUGGGGAUACAAGACGGUGGAGAAAGCUGACCUCAAGUAUCCUCUUGUCCAUGGUCAUGGGAAGCAGGCUCGCUUGCUGGGGACUCUGGCUGUCUCUCGAGGGCUGGGGGAUCAUCAGCUCAAAGUCAUCGACACCAACAUUGAAGUCAAACCUUUCCUCUCCUGCAUUCCCAAGGUAAAUGUGUUUGACUUUGCUCUGCAUGACAUUAAGGAAGAUGAUGUCCUCAUCAUGGCAACCGAUGGCCUUUGGGAUGUUCUGUGCAACAGCGAGGUGGCCCACGUGGUCAGGAGCUUCCUUGCAGAAAACAGGACAGAUCCUCAAAGAUUUUCAGAACUGGCCAAGUGUUUGGUGUGCAGAGCAAGGGGAAUGAAGAGAGGCCACCACUGGAUGCUGGAUGACAGCCAUGAGGCAUCCUAUGAUGACAUCUCUGUAUUUGUCAUUCCACUACACAACAGGGAGGAGGACUGACUGUUAGGAUGACAUGCAGAAUCUCUGUGUUCCCCCACUGUGGUGCCGUUCAGCAUCAACCCGAGACUGAGGGAUUUCUGCUGUGUGUGUACACUCUGUUCCAGCAAAACCAUUUGCAGUGGAACCUGGAAAUGCACAGCCAGCACUUAGCAGAGGAUGAACAAGAAGAUUAGCUCCUUUAAAAACUUGCAAGAGAGCAAUGCUGGGCAACAAAUCAUUCCCUUUCCUGUUGUUGGGCCAAGGAUAAAUUGCAAAGGGGGCCAUGCAAGCUGAAGGGUACUAUUUCCAAGAUCUCGGCGGUACAGCAACACUCAAAUCCAUAUUUCUACUGAACCCUCUCCCUUUUUAAUACUGAACAGUAAGGAUCAACUGAGAUCCAACCAGUGUGAAAAGCUGGCUUUUAAUCAGACUUGAACUGGAUGCAUAAGCUAAAGCAUCUCUCAUAUGCAUUUACUGUAACGUGAGAUGUGCUGAAAACCCGGGAGCUGCUGCCAAGCCAGCGCUGGGCACGGCCGUGCCUGCGGCAUGGGAACGCUGGAGCAGGAGCCCAGACCUCGAGACAGUUGCCAUUUGUAGGCAGCACCACCUCAAAACAGAUGAUGUUGGCUGGUGAGCUACACACUGGUGUACAGGAGCCUCCUGUGCAAAGAGACCUACGGGCCUUACUGGUACUUAAGAACAUUGUACUGGUAACACAACGUACAGAUUUCUAACAAACCUUAGUCCACACUUGCUGACACUUUUUCUAUUCAGGUCAUUUCUGACAGCAAAGCUGGUUUUAUAGCAGUAGCACUGAUGAGAACUGAAGUGUCUACAUAUAUCAGGUGAUUUAGUAGAAGAGCUCCAAGUAAAAUAAAACCGGUUUGUUGCAAUUUCUCUGCAGUGCUCAAUCUCAAGGACUUACACUCAUUCCAACAGGAGCUGCAGCACAGCAGACAUGCCAGAGCUGUGCCUUAAACUCAGAGGAUCUACUUCUCAACCCGUUCAUUAGCCAGGCAAAUUCAGGUCUGGACAAGCUUCCCCAUCUCCCUGAGUCCCCAGUUUUGUUCCCAUUAUUCAUUACACAGGUUCCAAGAUUCCCUAGAGCACCAGCCAAACCCCAGCGUGUGUUUAAGUUCCACAGUGAUUAAAGUCCAAAUAAAAGUACUUUGGGUUUUUUUUUU